UCUUUGAUUUACCUACCCCUAAUACUUCUGUUUCAUUCAAUCAACACAUUCACAAUCUUUCAAUGUACCGUACCGCAAGAAACCGGAGACCGAAGACGACGUCGUCUGAAACUAAUCAGAUUACCGACCAAGAUUCAGAUUCUUUAGAAUCUACAAUGGGAAACAUUCGAAUGAUGAUCUUGUCUACCAUAUGUAAUGAAGGUGAAGGAGACUUGUUGACACCAGAAAAGAGGCUGCUGAACUCGAUCGAGAUUGUUGAGAGGGUUGUGAUGGAGGAGUUGAACAGAUUGAAGAGAACACCUGCUGCUGAAAAGGCAGAGAGGGAGAAGAAGGUCAGAACUUUGAUGUCAAUGAGAUGGGCUGAUUCAUGUGGGCUAAAUACAAAAUGGGCUGAUGAGUUAGACGCUGGUGCUGGAGUUAUGAUAGCUGGGUCGCGGCGGAUUGCAGCUAUUGCGGAUAGAUCAGUUUCGGAUCAGUAUAAAUAAGUUUGUUAGUCUUUGGUCUUUGUAUUCAUCUUUUGUUAGCCUUUGGUGGCAUUGGUAUUCUGUUCUCAUAAAAGAUUACUUAUGCAUCUUGUUUAACUUUGUGCAGACUUCUUACAAAUAUAAAUAAUAGUUUCAGUUUUGUGCUUGAUUUCAUGAUAUUAA